UCACAUUGAAAAGCAAGAGAAAGUUGAAAGACAUAAGAAAAAAAUACGGAGCAAUGGAGAAAAGAGAAGAUCUUGAGACGAUCUUACCCUACUUGCCGUUAAAGAUUCAAGAUUCGUCUCUGUCUUGGCCAUCACCGCACUUGGUGGAGGUUUUAGAAGCUAUGACCAAAGGACCGAGUCACAGCCGAGUGGAUUCGGGACAAACUCUCUCUGAUUUCAUCUCUGACAUGAGACAAGCUCUCUCUUUGACUUGUCAUCUUUCUUCUUCAUCACUUGAAGGCUACGCUCUCUACUUUGACGAGAGGAUGUCGAAAGAAGAAUCAAUCAGAUGGUUUAACGAGGUUUUACCUGCAAUGGCUUGUCUUCUUCUAAGAUUCCCAUAUCUCUUGGAACUACACUAUCUAAAUUCAGACAACCUUAUCAAUGGAACCAAAACCGGUCUUCGUGUCUUAGGCCCCAAGAAAGAUGGCAUUGUGUUCCUCAGCCAGGAACUUAUAGGAGCAUUGCUUUCAUGUUCUUUCUUUUGUUUGUUCCCUGUCGAUAAUAGAGGCUCGAAUCAUCUACCAAUCAUCAAUUUCGACAAACUAUUCGGAAGCCUAAUUAACACGGGACGAAAUGAGCAUCAAGAGAACAAGAUAAAGUGCAUAACUCAUUACUUCCAGAGGCUAUAUUUAUGUAUCCCUCCUGGAUUUGUCUCAUUCGAAAGAAAGAUUCUCACUUUAGAGAAAGAUUCUUCUGGUCUCGAAGCUUUUCCUGAUGAAGGCUUUUGGAGAAACUCUACUGUCAAACUCUGCCCUGUUGAGGUCCAUACUUCUGGUUUGAUCGAGGAUCAAAGCGUUGAAGCUCUUGAAGUUGACUUCGCCAACAAGAACUUAGGAGGUGGCGCUCUUCGCAAGGGAUGUGUCCAGGAAGAGAUUAGAUUCAUGAUCAACCCAGAAUUGAUCGUUGGGAUGCUCUUCUUACCAACCAUGGAAGUCAAUGAAGCCAUUGAAGUUGUUGGUGCAGAAAGAUUCUCUCAUUACACAGGAUAUGCAUCUUCGUUUCGGUUUUUUGGUGACUAUAUUGAUACAAAGGAAGCAGAUGUUUUCGGAAGGCGAACAACGAGAAUCGUAGCUAUAGAUGCUCUGCGUCACCCAGGAGUCUCCCAAUACAAACCUGAAUCCCUCCUCAGAGAGACCAAUAAGGCUCUUUGUGGUUUCCUCCACAUCUGCAAGAAUCAGAGUAAAGCGCUGUGCAUUGAUCAUGAAGAUGGAGUUGGUGUUGCUACAGGGAAUUGGGAAUGUGGUGCUUAUGGUGGAGAUCCUGAGCUCAAGUCUCUUCUUCAGUGGCUUGCUGUAUCACAGGCAAGAAGACCUUUCAUGUCUUACUACACUUUUGGAUUUGAAGCACUACAUAAUCUUAAUCAGGUAACAGAAUUGGUUGUAUCUAAAGGAUGGACAGUGGGAUACUUAUGGAAGAACCUGGUCAAGUAUUCGAACCAGAGGUUGAAAAACAAGAAAAGAAGAGAACCUAAACUUGGUUUGUUUGAUUGGCUUAUUUCGAUCAAAUCUUCUUAAUAGCGAAACAAAUCUCAUUGUGAUUUCACUUUUGAGAUAGAGGUGCAAAAAGGAAAAUGAAAUAGUUCCAUUGUUAUCAUCCAAUUACAUUAGGAAGGUAACAAACUUUAUUGAAAGAAGAUCCGCACAAAAUAACAUAACACUUAGAACACAAAGAUGAUAACAAUCAAAUACAAAUCUGGAUAUGGAGCUGGAGCUGAAGCUGGAGCAUAAACAGGAGACGGAGGUGGAACAAGGUAUCCAGGCAUGAAGACGAUUGGGUAAUCCCUUCUGCUUCUCCUUCUCCUUGGGGUGUUAACAAAUAUCCUCCAAUCACUCUCUGCAUCCAUCUUUGCGCACACUCGGCAAAAUUUGUAUGGCUUUCUCUGCAAGAACGAAUAGCAAAUAGUUGAUUGGUGGAGAGAUUGUAGGAUGGAUGAUAAGAGAGGAAGUUUACUACUUAAAUAGAUUUUAUUUCUUAUUUAUUUUUUGGUCAAAACUUUAGGUUCUUAUUUUUCCUACUCAGUCAUUUGUCUUUACUUCUUUAUAACAAAAGUAAUUUCAUUUGUAUUUUUCUUGUAUUUUGAUUGGCCGGUCUUUUCUUUUAUUUG